UUGAUGAUGAAUUUGUGCGUGAAAAAGCUGCGCUGUUUUUAAGUGGACCUUGUGCGUUAGAAAUGUUAACUGCACCGGGUUAUUCCGUAUGCGUAUUCGUUUCCAAUCUCGGUUAUUCCAGCAAGCGUGCAAAAAGAGGGGCGUCAAUAAUUCUGCUUACUGCAUAACGUCACUGCGCCAUUGGCAAGCUAGAUAGAAAAGCAAUCUCUUCCGAACGUUCAGUGUUGUUUCGGAGUUGAUCGCGUGCAGUUGACAAUUAAAAGUUUUGUCCCAAAACGUUCGACUAAAGCAACGCAAUGAGUUCGUGGAGAAUAGUUUGUAGUGUGGUUUGUCUUAUGAUGGUCGUGCAGUGUUACGGUCAAGAAUCGCAACCAUGUUUAACGCCGAAAGGUAUAGCCGGACGGUGUAUCCGAGUGCGGGAAUGUGGAUAUGUUUUACAUCUGAUGAGAAAGGACAAUUUUGAGUACAGCGAUACACAGUACCUAGAGAACUUACAGUGUGGAACGCUGCCCGAUGGAUUGCCACUCGUUUGUUGCCCUCAGUUUACGAACGAACCGUUGUGCGGUCCAAUGGCGCCUUUUCGUCGGAUAUACGGUGGGAAUGAUACCGAGUUUGGAGAGUAUCGUUGGAUGGCUUUGUUACGUUUCCAGACCCGUCAGCAUAGGAUAAAUGCAAACUGUGGUGGUUCGUUGAUCAGCAAGCGGUUCGUACUUACAGCUGCCCAUUGUUACAAAUCGGCCAAGUCGAAGGGAUGGGAAAUUCAUUCGGUACGCUUAGCCGAAUGGAAUCACAUGAACCAUCGUGGAAAUAAAGAUUGCAAGCAUUUAGAGGAUUACGACGAACCGAUCUGCCGGAAGGAUUAUGAUGUCGAGCGGUUUGUCAUUCAUCCCGACUACCGUGUGAGCUCUGGGAUACACAUUAAUGAUAUCGCACUGAUCGAACUAGCAACCGACGUGGAGUAUAGUCUGUUCGUUAAACCAAUAUGUCUGCCGGUGAAUACUAGCUAUCUGCCAUCGGAUGGUACUGAAACGGAGUAUACGGCCGCUGGUUGGGGUUCGACAGAUGAAGAUAACGCUUUGUCGUACCGGUUGAAGUACGUAACUCUUCGGGAGUUUGAUUCGGAACGGUGUAGAAAGGUGUUCCAGACACCGAAUGACAAUGGUGUCGGUGUGGAACACAUAUGUGCUGGUGGAGUUCGCGGUCAGGACACAUGCCACGGAGACUCCGGUGGCCCACUGAUGGUUUUUUCGGAAGGCGCGUGGUAUUUGGCCGGCAUUACCAGCUUCGGAUGGCCCCGCUGCGGUAAGGAAAAUUUCCCGGGAGUGUACACCAACGUUAGCCACUAUCUCGGAUGGAUCGCUCAGGAGGUGUAUCGUGACAUAAAGGUGUAGGAUGGUUUGGUUUGCACAAUCGCACCGUUCAUCAUUAUCCGUGUAGGGCGUGAAUAAAUGUUGAUGGUAUUUGG